AAACAAAACCGGAUGUGACGCUCUUAUGUUUGUCGCUAAUGCUAAUGGAUCCGGAACGGUAAAGCAGCACUCCGAAGAUGGCCGGGGUGUUUGAGGUGGAGGUUGAUGGUGUAGAGCAUGACCAUGGAUUGGAGCAUCACGAUGAACCGCACCAGUUUGAUUUGUCCAAGCUUUCACCAGAAGAGAAGUGGAGAGUGGAGCAUGCAAAAAUGCAUGCCAAACACAAAGGCCAUGAAGCCAUGCACGCAGAGAUGGUGUUGAUCCUUAUAGUCACCCUGGUCCUCGCCCAGCUAGUCCUUGUGCAGUGGAAACAGAGACAUCCAAAGUCAUACAAUCUGGUGACUCUGUUCCAGAUGUGGGUAGUUCCUCUCUAUUUUACUACCAAACUUCACUGGUGGAGGUUCCUGACCACGUGGUUUAUCUUCUCUGUCAUCACAGCUUACAUCUCCUACCGUGCCACUCGCAAGCCACUGGCCUGCACCACCCCAAGGUUGGUGUAUAAGUGGUUCCUCCUUCUCUACAAGAUCAGCUAUGCCACAGGAAUAGUUGGCUACAGUGUCGUCAUGUUUACACUUUUUGGUAUAAACCUAAUAUUCAGGAUAAAGCCAGAGGAUGCAAUGGACUUUGGCGUUUCACUUCUAUUCUACGGUCUGUACUACGGGGUCUUAGGAAGGGACUUUGCAGAGAUGUGUGCCGACUUCAUGGCUUCAACUGUCGGGUAUUACAGUGCAUCCGGCAUGCCAACCAAGCACCUCUCUGACAAUAUCUGUGCUGUGUGCGGUCAGCCCAUCCUUGUCGAUGUCAGUGAGGAGGGGAUAAUUGAGAACACGUACAGAUUGUCCUGCAACCACGUGUUCCAUGAGUUCUGCAUAAGAGGAUGGUGUAUCGUCGGAAAGAAGCAGAUGUGCCCGUACUGCAAGGAGAAGGUGGAUCUGAAGAGGAUGUUCAGUAACCCCUGGGAGAGACCACAUGUCAUGUAUGGACAGCUUUUAGACUGGCUUCGGUACUUGGUGGCCUGGCAGCCGGUUAUCAUUGGAUUUGUUCAAGGCAUCAACUACAUCCUGGGCCUGGAGUGACCUGGAGCGACUGUCAGAAAUGGACAUACACGCCAUACAGAGAAGAUAUGCACUGGCUCAAAAGACUGAGGGCCUAACAUUGAACUAAAACACAAAUUUAAAAAAAGGUGUCUAUACUUUUUGUAAAUAUUUAUAGGCACAUAUCUGUAUUUACAGUUCAUUUGAAUUUUAUUGGUAAUCUUAAUUUGGAUGUCUGUCAAUUUCCCAGGAUUGGCUUCACACCUUGAUAUUUGGUUAGUGCAUCUUAUGGCCUAGUAAAGCGGUUCGAAAAAUCAUUAGGUGCUUUUUACUAAUUUAUGUCUUAAGUGUUUGUCAAUUCUUAGUUAAAGGUUUGUGCUGGAGUUUUUCAUCCUCAUGUCUGAUGGCUAUCACACAUGAGUAAUAAAGAUUAAAUGGAAAUGAACUUAAGUAACUGCUCCCUGUGCCUCCAAAGUACACAUACACAGUGUACACAGAUGACCUCUGGAGUCAGUUUUCCACUGUGUCAUUUCUGGAAUCACUCACAGCUGUUUGACAUUGAUAUCAUUUUUUUGUGUGACGUGAGUGGGUUUCCUCGUAGCCAGUCAUGCGUUAUGUGACAGGAGGCCUGGUCAUGCUGGAAAAAAAGUGCAAAGCAUAUCAAUUCAGAGAACUCCUCAUACAAUAGUUAAGAUGGAACUGGAUGUUACAGGAUUUCAAAAUGUCCUCACGGUCUUACGGACACUCAUCCAUACCAACAGACAAAACAUAUAGUCAUAUUUACUUUGACCUUUGCCCCUACCCUUCAUUAAGUUUGAAUGAUUUAAAGGGGAGGAAUGUCACUGUCUUCCAAACCAGUUUUUCUGUUUCACUAACGCAAUUAACUAUUUGUACUUAAAAGGUCAGUUCACCUAAAUCACAAAAAAAGAUCUCCCCUGUAGUAUCUAGCCAUACUGAUAGUUUUGGUUUGGUUGUGCUGUUUUCUUAGGAACUGCUUUCUAACAAUGAAAUGGUGUGAUACAGUCUGAUGCUUUUCUGAUGUCACUUUCAAUGCACCAACUAAAAUUAAUUUACCUCUGUUUUAUUGCCGUGAAAGCAAAAAUCUUAGAGAUGGAUAACAUAAAGCCAGGCCAACUAAAACCAAAACUAUAUGCAUGGCUAAAUACCAGUAGAUGUAAGUGAGAAAAUUGUAAAGAGAUUCAUUUUAUUUUGGUGAACUUGUUUACCAGCAACCCAGGUAGCACAAACCAAAGCUAUGAUACCGGUUAGUAACUUGACUAAAACUAUUGAAAUAAAGACAAGGGGAAAGAAAACAAAACGUAGAACAUUCUUUAACUCAAGUGAGUGUGCAUAUGGUGCCAGUCUUAUUUUUGUGAUCUGUUCAAUCUGAGGUUCCAUGUAUUUUCUAGUCCAAAGUUGCUGGAAGGUGGUUGGUUUUUGCUCAUAACGCCUACUCACUUUUACUUGGACCUGUCUACCGACUCACACAUCAGACUGUGUACAACAGAGCUAACAUGAUCAUUUUGUUUUGUUGUCAAUGUCAGUUAAUAAAUGUCAUAUGGUUUA